UAAAUAAUGGAUAAGUAGCACCUGUUAGGGACCUCAACGUGGCGAAAAUUUGACUCUUCAAUUGGUUCAGAUUUAUAAAAGUCGCAAUUUCAACAGCGCGUAGCCGUUUUCUAAACAUUUUUUCUCUUGUCAGGGUGAAGAAAUAUCUGCUAAGAUAAUUGGUGGGGGAAUAGAUUUCCAUCAAAAGAAGAUUAUGGCCCAGCUUUCCUUUUGGGGAAUAACCCUGCUAAUCGUGUUUGCCUCUGAAGUUUGGUCGCAAGCAGUCCCCUUCUCCGAGCUAGUGACUGCUGAUUGUUUCAGCAAUUUGUUUAGGAUUCGUGUUAAGAACAGCUUUAUCGGUAGUGGCGUAUUGACUGUUGCGGUUAUUGAUCAGUUGGGGAAAACUGUUAACGUAACUCCUUCAAUCGCGUCACAAUGUGGCUAUACAACCAGUUAUGAUUUCUGGGGAAACUUUGAAUUUCGUGCCUCUGUCUUCAGCUGCUCUUCUGUUACAGAUGAUGGGAAUGCUAGCUUUGCUGUACAGCUACAGUUGUCUGGGGGAAAUAUUGAUGCAUCUACUUACCUUGUGGAAAAGACUUGCACCCUCCCAAAAUGGGCUCCAAGAGAGAUGCUUUGUGAAGCAAACUACAUGGAGGUAUCAGUGAGGCACAGUCUUCCCCCAAUUCUAAAUCGACCACUCCAAGAUUCUCCUGAAGACUGGGAAACCAUCAUAACAGAUGUAGCUGCAGCAGAAUUUUCUCUCUGGCAAAUUGUGUUCAUACGUUCAGAUAAAACGAAACGAAUGCUGGUGACUGAUGCAAUCAGUUCUGGUUAUGGGAUGAACAAUACAAAAUCCAGACUUGUACUGAGGUCUUCAUAUGGUGCCAAUGAAACGGAAAUUGUGAUGAUUGAUGGGCUACCAGUUUCUGCUGUCAGGUCUAGUACAUUCUUCAAGCAGCCCUGGAUGGUGACUUUGAUAGAUACUGCAGUAGUCUGUCCAGUUGAUGGCUUGACCUUCACACAUGAGAAAAUCACAUGGGAGAGUCCAAGAAUACUAUCCAGAGCAGUUUCUUCUGCAGUGUUCAGUGAUUCAAAGAUUUUAAUGGGAGUUGAGCUGCAAAUACUGAGCAGUGAAACGAUUGCCCGGAGGAAUUAUUCGUUCACUGUGAAUGAGACUACAGUGGUGGUUGUAAUACCUUUUGGUGCUGAAGGGGGAACUUAUAAGAGCCAUGUGUUCAAUGGACAAUAUGUGGUAACCUACAGCAUUGAGCUGUUUUUGGAGCAUGUAUGGAAAGACAAUCUAUGGGAAGAAACCAGGCAUGUCAUAGUGAAUCCUGUAACCACACCACUUAUGCUGAGAUCAGCUGCAAUAAUAAACAACACUAUUCCAGACACAAAAAUAUUCAAUGUGACAGUGGGACCGUUCCUAGGAGAUGUACAGCUAAUUAACAUUACAGUUGGGACACAGAUUCUUACUAUAGAUGAUGCCAGACUGAAUGGAUAUAGUAUCGACUUUGAGAAGUAUCCUAAUGGAAGCAUUGCAUUUGUCCUGAAAGUUCCAUUUGACAAAGAUGGCAUAGAUGUGGAGUAUGAAACUGAAGACAUCCGGCUUUACACUUUGAAUAUCACACUUGGGUUGUCUGUGUUGCCAUGGAAUGAAACUUUUGCAGAAGUUGUUGUUGUAGUGGCUGCUGUCCGUGAUGCAGUGCUGCCAACUGCAACUGGAUAUUGUGACAAUUACUAUCUUUAUCUGAGUGUAACUCGUGGAAAUGUGGACCAAAACUGGUUGGUAUUUAUUGGCAAUAUGCAGGUGACACCAGACACCAUGACGGAUUCUGAGUAUUUUUGGAAUGAUAAUGGUACUCAUUUCACAGUUGGUGUGUCUCGUUACUCUUCCUAUGUAAACCAUGAGGGAAUUGACCAGCAUGGUCUUGGAAGUAGAAUUGUUUUAACGAUGAGACAUAAGACAACCUUGAAGAUCAUGGUUACUUUUUCAGUUUCCUGCCGUUUUGAUGCUAAAGAUCUUAUUGAUUGUUUUCCAAAUGGAACAGUAAAAGCAACUGUGAUGAAAAUGUCUGGAAUCCUGAAUACAGAUGCUAGUAAACUAGCUUUGUUGGAUGAAAGCUGCAGCCCCCUGGAGUCUAACGGAUCUGCUGCAGUAUUUAUAUUUAACGUAAAUGCCUGUGGAACAGCAAGAAAGUUUACGAGCAACACUGUGAGGUAUGAGAAUGAAGUUUUGUUCUUCCCACCAGGAAUGGCAGAACCAUCCUACAGGAUAAAUAUUACAUGCGACUAUCCUGUAAGCGAGAUGCUGUUUGUUGGAUAUGGGUUUGAGGAAAAUCCUGCGCCAGCUGUGGAGCCAGGGAAUGGGUCUUUGGCCUUGAUCAUGAGGCUAAGCAAAGAUGCAUCAUUUUCUAAAUUCUAUGCUGAAAAUGAGUACCCAGUAACAGAGUACCUUGGGAGUUCCUUGUAUUUUGAAGUUGAACUACUGUACAGUGAAGAUCCCCAGUUAGAACUGUUCCUAGAAGAUUGCUGGGCUAGUACUUCACCAUCAAGAACUAGCAAUCCACAGUGGGAUGUGAUAGUUGGCAGCUGUGAAAACACAGGAGACUCUCAAAAGACAGUGUUCCAUCCAGUAACUGCAAAUGCACGUAUAAAGUUUCCAAGCCACUUGAAAAGAUUUGAAGUGAAAAUGUUUGCUUUUGCCCAAGAGGAGAAUGUCCUGUUAGAAAACGUCUUUUUCCACUGUAGUGUGGUAAUAUGUGAUGCAAGAUUGGAGACUCCAGACACAUUAUGUGCAAGAUCUUGCAUUCCAAGAAAACAAAGGGGUCGUAGAAGUGCCCAGAACUACCAUUUGCAUGGUUAUGUGACAUCCGGAGCUGUGAUUAAGCCAUAUGUCCAAAAGUGACUAACAAAAAUCUCUGCAAGCCUUUUUAGAAACUGAAAUCAUUACAAUAAAAACAAAAAAAAAAACUUAAUUUUCUCAUUUGUACUUGAA